UUCCACGAUAUUAUACGUUCGGCAAACCUCUUAACCGGUCCUGCGGAACGUCGACUGACUAAUUUAUUAAUUUAAAUCUACAUUAAGUUCAACAAAACUCAUUUCAAAAUGCGUGAGUGCAUCUCCGUACACGUUGGCCAGGCUGGUGUCCAGAUCGGUAACGCCUGCUGGGAGCUGUACUGUCUCGAGCAUGGCAUCCAGCCCGACGGUCAGAUGCCGACCGACAAGACCAUCGGCGGUGGUGAUGACUCGUUCAACACCUUCUUCAGCGAGACCGGCGCCGGCAAACACGUCCCCAGGGCUGUCUUUGUCGACUUGGAGCCUACAGUAGUUGAUGAGGUUCGCACUGGUACAUACAGACAGUUGUUUCACCCAGAACAACUUAUCACUGGUAAGGAAGACGCGGCCAACAACUAUGCUCGCGGUCACUACACCAUCGGCAAGGAAAUCGUCGACCUGGUCCUCGACCGCAUCCGCAAGCUCGCCGACCAAUGCACCGGACUCCAGGGCUUCCUCAUCUUCCACUCGUUCGGUGGUGGCACCGGAUCCGGUUUCACUUCUCUCCUGAUGGAACGUCUCUCUGUAGACUACGGAAAGAAGUCCAAGCUCGAAUUUGCCAUCUACCCCGCUCCCCAGGUCUCCACCGCUGUCGUUGAACCGUACAACUCCAUUCUGACCACCCACACCACUCUGGAGCACUCCGACUGUGCCUUCAUGGUCGACAACGAGGCCAUCUACGACAUCUGCCGCCGCAACCUCGACAUCGAGCGCCCCACAUACACCAACUUGAACAGGCUCAUCGGCCAAAUCGUGUCCUCCAUCACCGCCUCCCUGCGCUUCGACGGCGCCCUCAACGUCGAUCUUACAGAGUUCCAAACCAACUUGGUGCCCUACCCGCGUAUCCACUUCCCUCUGGUAACUUACGCACCAGUCAUCUCCGCCGAGAAGGCGUACCACGAGCAGCUGUCGGUGGCUGAGAUCACCAAUGCCUGCUUCGAGCCCGCCAACCAGAUGGUGAAAUGCGACCCACGCCACGGCAAGUACAUGGCGUGUUGCAUGUUGUACCGUGGUGACGUCGUGCCCAAGGACGUGAACGCGGCCAUCGCUACCAUCAAGACCAAGCGCACCAUCCAGUUCGUUGACUGGUGCCCCACCGGUUUCAAGGUCGGCAUCAACUACCAGCCACCCACCGUGGUGCCCGGCGGCGACCUUGCCAAGGUGCAGCGCGCCGUCUGCAUGUUGUCCAACACCACCGCUAUCGCGGAGGCGUGGGCACGGCUCGACCACAAGUUCGACCUGAUGUACGCCAAGCGCGCCUUCGUGCACUGGUACGUCGGUGAGGGUAUGGAGGAGGGAGAGUUCUCCGAGGCCCGCGAGGACCUCGCCGCGCUCGAGAAGGACUACGAGGAGGUCGGCAUGGACUCCGCGGAAGGCGAGGGUGAAGGCGCAGAGGAAUAUUAAUUUGCUCGAACGGGAUCACUCGCGUGAUACAUUCCCAAAGUGAAAUGAAAUAAAAAAAUAUGUUGAAAA